CUCUGGGAGUGGAGGGGUGUCGCUGGCUCGUCUAACCCCUGCCUCUAAGUGACAGGACCCUGUACAGCAACACUUCUAGCCGGUCACGAAGUUUGUCGGUCCUUGCUUUGGCUGAGCUGAGAUUUGAAAUGCCCAUUCCUUUGAUAAUCAUGCAAAGUACAGAAUUAAAAAAACAAUCCGAUGGGACCAAGCUAAAGCAGAGCCCCCAGUGAUGAGCAUUAUUGAUGGUGUGUGCGAGGCAGCUUUUUGUCUCUUCUGGGCAGUAUAAAUUUAAUGUGUUUUCAAGUGUGUCGUGCGUCCAGAUGCCACUACAAUCUGUGCGUUAAAAAGGCAUUAAUAAAAGAAAAUUACAUCUAUACCUGAAAACAAAUACCAGAACCAUCAGAAAAUUGAGCUGUAUGGAAGUCCAACAACCAAGGAUUUAAAGAAGCCACAAUCAUCCAGGCGGAUACACGGAGAAUGGCAGAGAGGAUGUGUGUUAUCUUCGAUGUAAGAACUUAUAUUCUGAUUUGGGGACAAGGAAGAUGGCGGCGAGAUAGGUGGGAGCGGAGCCCACUUCCCCCUGCACACGGGUGAAGCACCUGACCGGUCUUCUGAGGAACAGAGCCAACAGCCAACAGUAUCCCAGCAUUUAUGAAGAUUGGAGACCAAAAAUUGUAGAGGACAUUGAAAUACCAGACGCGGGCAUCUUGGAGAUCAAAGAUGGGGAGAAAAGUGGCCUACACUAUAAAACUUCCUGUUGACCAGUACAGAAAGCAAAUCGGUAAACAGGAUUACAAAAAGGCCCACCUUAUUUUACGAGCUACAAAAUUGAAAGCAGAAGCAAAGAAAACAGCAAUAGGAAUAAAGGAAGUUGGCCUUCUACUGGCAGCUAUACUGGCCCUCCUGCUGGCUGUGUACGCUUUCUUUUAUCUCAGACUGACUGCAGAUGUUGACCCUGAUCUGGAAUCUGACGAAGAUUAGCUGAGCAGCAAUCCAUGCAUUAUGAGGAGAUCAUUUUAUGAAAGCACCUCUUGGGACCAGUGCUUUCCGAAAUACUGAAACUACAACAUCUUGAAUUCUUUUUGCUGGUAUUUUCAGUUUGCAGAUAUAUCUUUUUAAAUAGUUGCAUAAUAUGUCAAGAAAAGAACCUUAACCUAGCAAUGUAGCAUAAUGUAUGCUACCAAAUACGUUUAUAAAUCUUUCUACUUUGACAGGCAACCAUUGUGCAUUUAGAUAAAAUGGAAAACACCCCAAAUUCUUCAGAUGUGUCAGCCAACCUAUGUGUAUUACUCCAUCACUUACAGAUUACUAAAUCUGUUUUUGUUCACAUAUAUAUGAGAAGUAAAAGUAUAUAUCCUUAUUUACAAAACACACUCAAAGCUGAAGAAGGAACGAGAGUCAUGGGAGACUUUUCAUUUUAUGAAAAAGUCCUGCUUUCUUUCCAGACAUAUUUUGCAUCAUUAGGGAGACUAUCUGCACAUACAUCUACAGUAAUCUUUUUCCUCCUCUGCCAACUGCUCAGCGCACAUGUGCUCCAUCAGAAAUGGCACCUGGAUGACAGAAGCGCAAAGAGCCGCAUAUGUCUCUAAAACACAGUUCCUUUCCUCUUAGGCUGUCUAAACCGAUGUAAAUAGAAAGUUCAGUUGAUAUUGAUUUUAAUUAACUGAUUACUCUAUUAAUAUAAACUUGGAAUUCUAUUCUAAUUAUGUUGUUCUGGCUGCUUGCAGCAUCGGUUUGCUCUUCUUGUUAGGGAGGUAUGUCGCAAUCUGUCGUGUAAUUGUGCGGUCCCCUUCCCGGAACAAUAACAGAAGUCCUACCUCCUCAGAGUAAUCUUCGUGGUUUAUCUCUUAAAGCUGAACAGUACAAAGUUGUUUUUAAAAAUUACAUUUUGUCUCUUGUCAGAUAAUCAUGUAGAACUCUUUCAUGAAAAAUAAACAGAAUAAAAUAUGUCUCAUAUUACUUGCAUAUGCAG